AUAAAUAAAUCAAUUUCAAGUUAGUAGUAGCGGCGCAAUUCCGUAGUGCUCCCCGAAAAGCUUCUCGCUUAAAUUAAAAAGUCCUAAACGGUCGAGAAAAAGGAACAAAAAUGUGGUAGCCCGGAAUGUUUGUUUUAAAUUGAAUUGGGUUCUAACUUGCCUUCUCCAAACAAUCGAGUGAGGGAUGACAGGUCCGAGAUUUAAUUUAGUGACGGUUUGCCCCCUGUCGAGAUCCCAAAAUCGAAAAAGGAACAUAACUUCGCCUACCAUGCCAUUCCGCUUUCAGCCUAUGCACGAGACACACGUGCGAGUUCCUCGUGAGAUUUCGAAGUGUGUGAAAUGUGAAAUUGGACCCAUUAUGAGGCUUUUAAUCGUUCUUUCCGUUUGUUCCUUCGUUAAUGGGGAGGCACGUCAAUGUGCGAAGUUACUGGCGAAAGCUGCCAAUCAAGAUCGAAAUACAAUUGUGGAAACUUCGGUGAAAACUUUAAGUGGAGUUUGGCUGUCCGAAAGUUGUGAAACCAGACCAGGUCCAGAAUACGUCCUUCGACACUACACAUUUGAAGAAAACGGCAACUACAAAUUAAUCCAACACCACUACUGGGAUAACUCAUGCUCGUCGCCCAAACUGUCCAUAGUAGCCAUCGGGCUAUUAAAAACCAAAAGGGACUCAUUCUUGCAUCACGACGCCUUGACCGGCUACAGUAAGCCCUCGAAUAUCACAGUAAUCCCUCAGGAUGCCGUAGCCGCGAAAGAAUUAGACGGCAUAGUCUCGAAUCAUUGCCCAGGCCAAUACUGGAAAACAUGGAGAAGAUACGAGGAACACCUCGUAUUCACCAACCCUAAAGACCGACAUCAUCUGCAGCAACUGGAAUUUGAGCGCAUUCAAGAAACCCUCCCCAACACUCAACACUACCUACAAAAUUCGUCUGGUGCCAUAACCUGCUUGGGCGAUCUUCGUUGGUCCUUCAACGAGCUUAACCUAAUAAAGGUCCAGUUACGUCCAAACCAGCACGGUAACGGUAACGAAAUGCACUGGGAGUUGCUACUUGGCGAUAUUCCCUCACGCAAAAACUUAAUGGAGCACUACAUGCCUACCGGUUUCCAAAUUCCUCUAGUGAAAACCAGCAAAGGAAACAAAGAGGUGUUGAAAGGGCGAAAAUUCUUUGUGAAAUACACUUGCAGCAUCUGCUCAAAUUUGGCAUCAAACGAAAGAUCGCCGCCUCAUCUCAUUGAAAAGCCUCGUCUUCCUGCAUAUAUCGGCGGGGAAUGGGUUUCGGAGCGCUGCGAAGUUAGACCUAUGGGCCUUUACCUGACGAGGCACUUUACGUUUCAUAACGAAGACCUCAGGUGGAUGGGCGAGCACCGGUUCUAUGUGGAUCCGUUUUGCACGUUGCGUAAAUUUACCGUUACCGCAUCGGGAACAUUCGAAAUGAACGACGGCGAGAACCCUCUGAAGGAAGCGUCGAAUAUCGAAUUUAAAAUUGAGAAGGCGCCUUUGGUAAUUUACGAUCAGGGCUUAAUCGAGUACAUGCCGUGGGAGAAUUGCGGUAAACUGAGAUGGAAAAUCGGCGUUGGGCAGGAGCUGGCCGAGACCGGCGGUUGCGAACAGUUGGGGAUUAUAAUACCAUCAGUGCAGUACGACAUCGUCAAAAUGGAAAUGAGCUACCAGGGCUUGUGGUUGUUAUUCCUAGGCCAGGCCGAUACGGAAAACAGUCCCAGGGACACACCGCUGAAGCGGCCCACGGCCUUUCAAGUGCCUCUGGUGCGAUGCGGCGAAGCACAUUCUCAGCAUUUAUUCAACAGCGACUAUGAAGAUUCAGGCCAACCGCGAACAUUUGCCACCUACAUUCAAGUUGUUCUAGUCUUUGUAACGCUGAACUUUUAAAAUAAUUUCCUGCUAAUUGUGAUAGAAUUCGAGUAAUUGUAAAUAAGAUCUAAACCUAGGCGUGUAGAUAUAAUUUAUUGCUUUAAGUUUAAGGAGAAGAGGACAAGACUUCCAGUGAAUAAUUUUCAACGUAGUUAACCUACCCGUGUAAAAAGUUUAUGUUUAUCUAUUUAUUGUAAAUAAA